UAUGACGUCAGUCUCAAGAGGACUAAUGACGUCACAAACAUUUGGGAUUGACCGUUUCGAAAGUAUAUAAAAACUCAGUUGUUCAUAGCCGAGAGCGGAGGGGCCGUGAAUCAUAUAAAUACAAUUUAUUUUAUAUUGGGAAACAUGAAUGAGGACGAUGUUUAUGCUGGUGAAGACGAAACCAUUUAUACGGAUGAUGAGAUUGCAAAAAUCGCAAAAGUUAACGAAUUGAUAAAACCUCAUAAUCUCCGUAAACUUCUGAAACAGGAUGCUUUGGAUGUGGAGAAGGCAGAAGAGAAUUUGACUUGGUAUCACGGGGAAAUAUCAAGAGAGUCGGCCGAGUCCAUUCUUAAGGAAGCAAUUGAGAAGCAGGGCAGCCAAGACGGCCUGUUUCUGGUUCGUGACUGUACCUCAUCGAAGAAUGAUUUCUCCUUGUCUCUCGUGUUCGACGACAGGAUCUAUCAUUUCCAGAUACACCAGGUGUUUGACGGUGCUUAUCAAAUUGACGACGGGCGAGUCAUCCAAGGUCUUGACCAGCUGAUAGUGUACUACAAUAAUGACGCACAUGGCCUGCCCACCAAGCUGACGAAUUUCUGCAAGGGAUGUGCGCCUCCGACUCACAGCCGGAAAUACGGAGUAACCAAUCUGCUGCAUCGAGUUUGUCUUUCAGGUAAUACGGAUCUCACACAUGUUGUGCUGACUCACCCCGACGGGUGCCCCAAUGUCAAUGCAAAGGACUCAAAGGGACAAUGCCAGACUUCACACAGCUCGUGUGGUGCAUCAGUUCUUCGCCGAAAACAACGUCAAUGUUUUGCCAUGGCCAGCCCGUUCACCUAA